CCCCCUGCCUGCGGCGUGCGGCGGAACCCGCGGGCUGCCUCCCAGACGCCGAUCCCGCCACACUCUCCUCAGCAGCCCUGCAGCGAGGCCCGACUCCUGCUGCGAUUAUAUUAUUAUUAUUUUUAUUUUUUAACUCACAAUUUCCCCUGGCCCUCAAAGCAUUCUUUUUUUUUGCGGGCAAGAGGGAGUUAGAGGAGGGCUAAAAAGACUUCGAAUGUGAGGCAAAGAUGGAGGAAGGCGUCCAGGCCCCAGACUGGGACAGUGAUGAAACCAUGAUAGAGGGUUCAGUGACGGAGAGCGACAUGGAAGAAGAGGAGCUGCCCUGGAGAAGGUUGUUAUUUGAUCAAGACACAUCUCUUAGAUCUGAGUUCAGUCUGCAUCCUGAUACAAGAGGAAUGUGCAAAGGCAUGCCUUCUCCUGAGAUUCAACUUGGAUUUAAGAUCAGAAAAGAUCUGCAAGAGCAAAUGACUGAAAAUAAGGUGAUGCCUGUUCUUAGCAAGGAUACAAUAUUACAGAUGUAUAGUUCUCAAGAUGAAACAGUACAAAAUCAAGCUCUGUUACAGACUAGAAAAAAUUGUUCAAUGUUCAUUGGGUCAUUUCCCCAGUCUGGACUUUCAUCGAACCACCAAAAUAUUGAAGGGCCUGAACCUGAAAGUCCUGAAGUUUUGCCACACAUGGAAAAGGAACUAAGUGAAGGCAGAUAUUCUCCUGAAGUUAGCCUUCUCUCAGGCACUGCUAUUACAGUAUCUGAUACCGUUGCUAUAAAGGAGACAUCAUUAAUAGAGCCAGAGAAGAUCUUAGCAGAACCAAAUACACUUUUUGAGCCUAGAAAGGAAGUCACAUUGACCGUGACUUCUGAAGAAACUAAGGAUGAAGAAAGCUCACUUGAAACCUUUGUGUCUGCCUUAGAAAGGUUACUUACAUCACCAGAAAGCGCCCAGGAAGAAAGACUGUUUGAAUUAGUAAGUGAUUUUGAUCCUAAAGAAUUGAUGAACCCAUUGAGUGACUCUCUGAGUUCCAUAUCAAUACAUUUGAAUGCAUGGACGUCAUGUCACAGAGAUUUACAAGAAAAUGUGAAGGAUGAUGUAUUGCCAGCUGAAUUAUUAGAAGCCCUGAACACAUUGUCAGAAGCCAAGGUGGAAACCAUCUGUCAUAGAAAAGAGGGAGGCAGCAGUCUCAGUGCUAGAAAUGAAUGUUUAGAAGUGGAGUUCAAUAUGUCUCAGACCAAUGAAGACUGUACACAAAUAGCAGAGACUCUGCAAGACCCAAAUCCAUCUGGAUUGCAAACUUUGGCUCAUCAAAAUAUCACUUCUUGUGAGCCACUAAGUAAUAAUAGAAAUUCAAAUUCAGUGACAAAUAGCUCUGACCAGGAAACUGCAUGUGUGUUAAGGAGAUCAUCCAGACUAGAAAAACUGAAAAUAAGCCAAGAUGCAAAGUACUCAGAUCAUAUAUAUAAGAUGCCAGAAAAAAUUUUACCAAAAAUCCUUGGCUGUGAGGACGUAACAGAUAAUAAGUCUUCAACUCAGAAUUUCAGACUGCAGGAUCCAGCUUUAAUGACUGAUGGUAAAGGGAAGAAUAUGCAUUCAGCCAGGUUCAAGAGUGGACAACCGAUCAGGAAAAACCAAUUUUCAAGAAGAAAAGAAAAAAUGAAGGUGAAAAAAAUACUUCUUGCUAGCAUUAACCGGAGAAACAUUUUUGGAGAGAACUUAGUAUAUCAGGCUGCUCUGCAUGAUGAUGCUGAUCUUGUUCGUCAUUAUAUAAAACAAGGUGGAAAUGUUAAUCAGCCAAGUUAUGCUGGUUGGACAGCACUUCAUGAAGCAAGUGUAGGAGGAUUUUAUCGGACAGCAAGUGAACUGUUAAAAGGUGGAGCAGAUGUAAAUAUCAAAGGAAUGUACCAGAUUACUCCCCUACAUGAUGCUGUGAUGAAUGGACAUUAUAAGGUGGCAGAGUUACUUCUUUUGAAUGGAGCUGACCCAUUAUUUAGAAAUGAUGAUGGAAACUGUGCUUUGGAUGAGGCCAAAGAUUCAUGUAUGAAGCGUCUCCUUGAGAGAUAUAUCCCUAAACAUCAAAAAUGCCUUACAUUGGCUCAAAGGAAUAGCAUUGACCCACUAGACAUAGAGGAUGUAUACCAACACAAGAAACCAAAAUUCAGUUCUAAGAGUCACAUUUGCCAUAUUUGUAAUGAAAAUUGCAACAGACAGAAGCAAGAACAUGUAAAAGUCAAUAAAGAAAGCAAAGAGAGUUUAUUUAUAAAUAUAAAUAAAGAAGAUGUAUAUGAAUAUUACCAAAAAGAUUCCAAAAACACAAAAUUUGGUAAAUCCAAGCAUAAACAAUCAACUGUUAACCAGAUAUACUCUACAGGACUCAGAAAAUGCAGUAUCUAUAAUAUCAAAGAUUCCAACACAAACAUGCCUAAAGGUAUAGGAAGAAGAAACACACAACAUAAAAGGACCCAAGUAGAUGAUGUAGACUGCAAUCCAAGAAAGACACUAGCUGUCUCUCCUUCCAGGAGAAUAAACAGAUUGGUUACUUAUCAACAGCAUAUUCCACAAACUCUUAGUGACCUUCCAGAAGAGUCACGUGAACCUUCUGGCAUAACUCUGCCAAGCGUGAAAAAUGGAUUAGAUAAUAAUAUUGAGGUUUGUUCAGUUUCUAAAGAGACACACAUCCAGAACCUGGAUUUAUCAGAUAGUCAAGAAGUUCAAUGCUUGGAAUUAGAAUCUGUUGGCCAAACUGAAGCUGUUUCUUUCCCGGGACUUUCAUUACACAAAGAAAUCAAGUUACGGCUUGUUACUACGGAUAAGCAGCCUCACACUCUCCGGGAACAACACCGUAUCCUUUAUAAAUCUCAUGAAAACAGCAAAUUGGUCCAAAAAGAUGAGAGCUUUAACAAAUGGGAAAAAGCUUUCCUAUCCUUUGUAAAGGGAAAUUCUGAUAAUGAUGAUGAUGAUUUCUCCACCUCUGAGAAGGCUGUAAUAUCUAAAAAGGCGACGUGUUCUACAGGCAGCAAAAACCACUAUAAUUUUAAGGAAAAUUUAACAAAUAGAAAAGAAAUGGAUUUUCAACAGUUUGUACUUUCUGAAGAUCAUUUUUCACAGGAAAAUGAGGUAAAAGCAGUCAGCCUAACCACACUUCCAGAACAGGAAGCUGUUAAUUUUUCUGAUUCAGAUAAUGUAGUUAUUUCUGAACAACGUAUUGCAAAUUGUGAACAAUGCAUAUUUGGACCUUCUUUUGAUCACUCACAUGGUAAUCCUGAGCAAAAUUCCCUGGCUUGUAUGAGAACACUUUCGACACAGGAUGUUUCAAAAUUGACUAAUCAUGUGGAGCUAUUCAAAAAGCCACAGGAUUGUAUUGGCAGAGCACCGACUUUUUUAGUGAAUCAAACAGAUACACAUAUUGUGGAAGAGGUGGCAAAGAGUUGUGACACUGAAAGGAAUUACAUUGACAGAGACCAAAAAUUGAGUUACUCAAAUGAGCCUUUAUCUAUAGUUGUUCAUUCUCAGGCAAUAGAAACAACUAAAGCCGAAAAAAGGAGACAAAACCUAGAAAGUGAGACUAUAUGUGAUAUAGAUUCUCAUUCCACUGACAAUAUGAAUAAAGACUUGGCCAACAUCUCACAACUUAGUCAAAGAGAAAAGAAGGAAAUUUCACACAAACCAGAUGAGGAAUUAACUAAUAAUAUCACUGGAAAUGAAAUAACGACAAGAAAUUGUGAAGAGAGAAAAGAAAAAAUGGAGUCAGAAAUUCACAUGCCUACUAAUAUCCAAGAACACAAAACAGUUCAGAAUUUCAGAAAAAGACAAAGUUUCUUAAAAACUACCUGCAAAGGAAUGAAAACAGGUGGGAUCAAUAAGAGGAAUGCCAGAGGGAAAAGCCGGCUUCAUUUAGCUGCCAGAAGAGGAAAUCUGUCCCUAGUGAAAGCCCUAAUAGAAACUGGAGCAGAUGUGAAUCUAAAUGAUAAUGCAGGUUGGACGCCACUUCAUGAGGCAUCUAGUAAAGGAUCUAUUAAUAUAAUUGUAGAGUUAUUAAAAGCUGGUGCUAAUGUUAAUUGUGAAAAUAUAGAUGGAAUUCUGCCCUUACAUGAUGCUGUUGCAAACAAUCAUUUAAAGGCAGCUGAGAUUCUACUACAGAAUGGAGCAAACCCUAAUCAAAAAGAUAAAAAACAGAAGAGUGCUUUGGAUGAAGCAGAUGAUGAAAAAAUGAAAGACUUACUAAAAUCUUAUGGUGCUAUUCAGACCAAUAAUAGAGAUGAGAGUGAUGGUAUAGUCAAUGAAAAAAUUCCUGCUGUUCGGUCUAAAAGACAUAAACAGUGUUUUUGUGAUGAUGGCAAACCUGUUGAUUCACCUUCCCUCUCAUACCAAGAAAGAUCAAGAGAAAGCCUUUCUGCACAUCAGACCCUCAGUGCCAUUCUACAAGAUAUAGAAGAAAAACAAGAAAAUUUAUUAGAGUUUGAAAUAAGAAACCCUGAAGAUGCAGAGCAAUACAUUGAAAAGAUGUUAAAGAUAAAAGAGCUUAUGGAUAAUGUGCUUGCCAAGCAGAAAGCAGAAAGGGAUGAUCUGGCUAAAAAAUACAGGGUAUCCAUAGAGUCAUUUAAGCAUGGAGCCCUGAGAGAACAGUUGGCCAACUUGGCUACAAGACAGAAGAGCCUUUUAGCUGUGGCAAAAAAACAGAAAAAAAUAAGCCUGAAAAUUCAAAACUAUAAGAAUGUUACAUCAUUGUCUUGUCUUAGUUUAAGGAAGCUUCCACCCAGAUCAGAAAUCUUUAGUGAAAAGGACAGCCAAGAGCUCACCAGUCUGGAAAAUUUAGAGCAUCCCCAAUCAGUUUCACUUUCUCCCGUUUGUGGAAGCAUGCAAGAAACACAAUUGUCUCUGGAAACUUGGAACUACAGCCAAAAUACCAACAUUUGUCUAAAUUCAGAGGCAGUGAUAAGGGGAGAAUUUUCUGGAAAUGAGAUGAUUUCUAAACAAAAUAUCAGUGAUUGUACCUUGGAUGGUUUAUCAAAAUCCAGACAUUCAGAUAGCACUGAGAUUAAAUUAUCAUCCCAACCCGUUGCUUUUAUUGGUCAAACAGAAUAUUCACAGAAAGAGAAUGAUCUUAUAGAAGCUACAGACAAAGACCAUGAAUUCUAUAGUCCUUCCCUAGUAAUUGGCAAAUUGAAUAUUUCAGAAACUGCAAGUAUCCUUGCCAAAAGUGAUGCUCAUCCAUCAAAUGUUAUCUGUGAUCAGGACCUUACCAAUUAUGACCCUAAAAGAGGAAACAGGAAAACAACUUCCCAGAAACCACCUAGGGGGACAUCAGAAUCCCUGGUACAUCAAGGGAUUGCUGCCUUAGGCAGUGACACAGUGAAUCAGAUGAAACCGUAUCUUAAAAAAUCAGUUUCUGCUGUUCCACAUGCAGAUGACAGUCAGAUCUCCUCUUCCUCCAGAUCUGGGCAACGAUAUACUAUAAAAAAGCCUUUAAACUACAGUACAGCUCCUAAAAAGAAAUGUAUUCAGAUAAAAGAUUUGAUAUUACUAGGAAGAAUUAACCCAGGAAAUAACAUUCUGGAAUUCAAAACACAGGAGACUACCCACAAAGCCAGUAUUUUAUUGAAUGGUAAACUUAAGGUAGAAAGUGGUCAGAUUUAUAAAAACCCAGUCACCUGGCUCAAGGAUCUUCUGGGAGGCAACCGUUAUGUGACCUGGAAUUAUGCCUGGAAUAAGGUAACGUAUCUUGGGAAGGAGCUUUUAAAGUAUGUUUCUGAGGAUGUAUCCAUACUUCCAGAACCAACCUCAGUACCUCAGCAAUAUCAGCCUUGUCUUCCAGAAGUUACUUGUUUAGAUGACCCAGUACAGGAACCAAGCAAAUCAACGUUUGAGAAAACAAAAUUUGAACAAGGAACUUCCGGAGAGCCAAUGCAAAGUAUCCCACGUUAUCUACAAAUAAAUGAAAUACUAUUAAUCAGUGAUCAAGAAUUUCUCCCAUGCCAUAUAAUGGAUCAGCAUUGGAAGUUUUGUGUGGAAUGUGAGGAACUAACACUCUAAAACCUUGGUUACUUAAUAUUUUAUUAGGUAUUUGUUCAAAUUAUCAACAAACAUUUAUAUUUCAUCUUGUGUAAUCUGGUGGCCCUAUUUUAACACACACUUAUGAGUUGCUAGUUAAGAUGUAUGUUUACUGUUCUUAAGAUGUAUAUAACUGUUCAACAAUUAUGCAGCAUUAAUUUUUUUUGCCAUUGAAAUAAAGGUAUGUUUGAUCUAGACCAUAUUAAUUGGCUCUCUGGGUUUCUUUUUACUAACACAAACUUAAAACUAAUUUUUCAAUCAACACCUCUGCCUUGGUACAAGUAACAAUUGAUUCCUAAGGGAAAUAAGGAUACAAGUAAGAGUAAUCCAUGGAUAAUUGGUCCUUAAAAGGCCCAGGUUUAAAUGAAUUCCUUAAGAACUUAAAGUCCUAAUACCUUUCCACAUUUCCUUUGAAGUUCUUCUCAAAAUCAAAAUGUAAAAUUAUGAAGGAGUUUUAAGUUUCAUCAAAUUUAGUGUAGAUAGGAGUGUAGCUGUGGUAAGUCUUGGAACAAAGUAUGUUUACACUAUACCAUACUCUAUUAAAGUGUAUAAUACCAUAUCUUAAAUCAAUGUAUGUACCUUAGUUUAAAAAUACUUUACUGCUAAAAAAUAUGACUAUCUGAGCCUUCAGCAGGUUGUAAUCUUUUUGGUGGUAGAGGGUCUUGCCUUGAUGUUGAUGGCUGCUACCCAAUCAUGGUGGUUGCUGAAGGUUAGGAAGCUGUGGCAAUUUCUUAAAAUAAGACAACAAUGAAAUUUGCCGCAUCAACAGACUCUUCCCUUCAUGAAAGAUUUAUCUGUAGCAUGCAUUGCUUUUCAGUAGCAUUUUAGCCACAGUAAAACUUUGAAAAUUGGAGUCAACCCUCUUACACCCUGCUGCUGCUUUAUCAACUAAGUUUAUGGAAUACCCUAAAUCCUUAGAGUGGAUUUUGUCUCAAGGAACCACUUUCUUUGCUCAUUCAUAAGAAGCAACUCCUUAUCCAUUCAGGUUUGAUCAUGAGAUUUCAACAAUUAAGUCACGUCUUCAGGCUCCAGUUCUAAUUCUAGUUGUCUUGCUAUUUCCACCACAUCUGCAGUUGUUUCCUGUCCUAAAGUCUUACACCCCUCACAGUCAUCCAUGAGGACUGGAAUCAACUUCUUCCAAACUUCUGUUAAGGUUGAUAUUUUGAUCUCCCAUGAAUCAUGGAUGUUCUUAAUGGCAUCUAGAAUGGUGAAUUCUUUCCAGAAGGUUUUUAAUUUACUUUGUUCAGCUCCAUCAGAGGAAUCACUAUCUGUGGCAGCUAUAGCCUUAAAAAGUAAUUUCUUAAAUAGUAAGAUUUAGAAGUCAAAAUUACUCCUUGAUAUAUGGGCUGCAGAAUAGAAACUGUGUUGGCAGGCAUGAAAACAACAUUAAUCUCCUUGUACAUCUCCAUCAGAGCUCUCAGAUGACUAGGUGCAUUACCAAGAGCAGUAAUAUUUUGAAAGAAAUCUUUUAUUCUGAGCAGUAGGUCUCAACAGUGGGCUUUAAAUAUUCAGUAAACCAUGCUGUAAACAAAUGUGCUGUUGUCCAAGCUUUAUGGCUCCAAUUCUUGAGCACAGACAGAGUUGGUUUUGCGUAGGCCUCUAGGAUUUUCAGAAUGUUACAUGAGAAUUGGUUUCAACAUAAAGUCACCAGUUGCAUUAGUCCCUAACAAGAGUUAACCUGUCUUUUGAAGCUUUGGAGCCAGGCAUUGAUUUCUCCUCAUUAGCUAUAAGAGUCCUACAUGGCAUCUUCUUCCAGUAGAAGGCUGAUUCAUCUACAAUGAAAAUCUGUUUAGCGUAGCCACAUUCAUCAAUAAUCUAGCCAGGUCUUCUGGAUAAUUUACUGCAACAUCUACAUCAGCACUUGCUGCUUUACCUUGUAUUUAUGUUGUAGAGACAACUUCUUUCUUUAAACCUCAUGAACAAGCCUCUGCCAGCUUCAAACUUUUCUUUGGUAGCUUCCUCACCUCUCUUAGCCUUCAUAGAAUUAGAGUUAGGGCCUUGCUCUGGAUUAGGUCUUGGCUUAAGGAAUGUUGUGGCCAGUUUGAUCUUAUAUCCAGACAACUCAAACUUUCUGUAUAUCAGCAAUUAGGCUGCUUUGCUUUGUUAUCAUUUGUGUGUUCACUGUAGUAGCACUUUUAAUUUCCUUCAAGAACUCUUCCUUUGCAUUCACAAUUUACCUAACAGUUUGAUACAAGAGACCUGGCUUUAGGCAUAUCCCAGCUUUCAAUAUGCCUUUUUCACUAAGGUUAAUCAUUUCCAGCUUUUGAUUUAAAGGGAGAGAUGUGCAACUCUUUAUUUCACUUGAACACUUAGGCCAUUAUAGGGUUACUAGUUGGCCUAACUUCAAUAUUAUUGGAAAAAAACAAUUAUAAUAAUAACAUCAAAGGUCACUGCUCACAGACUACCAUAACAAAUUUAAUAACAAAAAGGUUUGAAAUGUUUUGAGAAUUACCCACAUGUGACACAGACACGAAGUGAGCACAUGCUGUUGGAAAAAUGGUGCUGAUAGACUUGCUCAAUGCAGGAUUGCCACAAACCUUCAAUUAAAAAAAAAAAAAAGUAAUAUCCACAAAGUGCAAUAAAAUGAGGUGUGCCUGCACUCAUGGAAGUGCGAUCAUUUUGGUAGGUGGUGAUACAGUUUUGCUUUUUGAAUGUUUUCUUAUUUUAAAUGUGUAGAAUAUUAAGGUACAUCUUUACAACAUAUAAGAAACUGCUUAAUAGUGGCCUCUGGAGAAAUAAAUUAUGGGUCUGGAGAACCAAGGAAGAAGACCUACUUUUGACUACAUGUGCCAUUUGGCAAAUUUGAAAUUGGUACUAUGUGUGUGUUCUUUCUGUUUAGAUUUU